AUGUCAAAGCAUGUAUUCCUCCUUGUUCUACUAUUUUAUGUAAUUGCAUUUGUCCAAGCGUCUGUGGGAGAUGAGCAACCUCUAUUUAACCAUUGCGUAGAUGAAUGCGUUCAAGCGUCCUGCCCAGCACCACUCAGUUUCUCGCUGCGACUACUCAAAUGGUCAUGCCCAGAAAACUGUAGAUAUGUCUGUAUGCAAGCAGUAACUGACAAAGCCAUCGAGGAAGGUUUACCCGUCUAUCAAUACUAUGGUAAAUGGCCAUUUUACAGAUGCCUAGGUAUUCAAGAGCCUGCAUCUGUGCUAUUUUCUAUUGGUAAUGGACUCGUACACGCAUACUAUUUCCGUCAAAUCCAAAAGCAGGUACCCUCAAGCUAUUUUCUCAAGGGAUUUAUGCUAUUGUAUACCAUCAUUGGUAUGAAUGCAUGGCUCUGGAGCACGAUAUUCCAUUCAAGAGAUACCAAAUUUACCGAGCUGAUGGACUACUUUUCAGCUGGGCUCCUGGUGCUAUACAGUCUCUAUUAUGCCAUUCUGAGAGUGUAUCGUUUGACACACAGCCUUAUUGUUCAGACAUUGGGCGUAUUAUUUAUCUGUUUGUUUGUCGCUCAUGUUGGAUAUCUUAUCAUUGUUACUUUUGAUUAUGUAUACAAUAUGUAUGCCAACGUUAUUAUAGGCGGUUGUCAGAUUGCUGUCUGGGUAGGAUGGUUUCUGAUGCAGACUGUUCAACAAACGCCAGCAAGGUCGUAUGCUCAUCUUGCAGUGAUAUCAGGUAUCGGGGUUUCCCUUGCCAUGUGCCUUGAACUGUUUGACUUUCCGCCUCUGUUUAGAGUGUUUGAUGCUCAUAGUCUAUGGCAUUUAUCGACCAUUCCACUCUCUAUUGUGUGGUAUAAGUUCUUGAUUCAAGAUACAAAAUAUGAGACAAACACAAAAUCCUACACAGCAGUGAAACUGCUACCUGCCUAA